UAUUUUCUUUACCCUCCAACAAUAUUAGCGGUGCAGGUUACCAUCUGGGCACAACCAAUUGAAGAUCCGUGAUCUGACAACAUGAAACAUGACGUAUCUUCAGAAUCCAGCAUCAAGAGAAUUACGAGGUAAUAGAGUGACAAAUCGAUUAUUGUCAUUGGCAGAAUUUCAAGAUUAUCAAAGGGUAAUUGUUAAUUUGUUAGGAGUGAGAUUAGGAUAGAUCAGAAUAUUUAGGAAGACUUCACGACGACUCCAGUUCCUCAACCGUUGAUACGUUUCCUUGUAUAUUUUUUUUGUCUGUUCACUUCCUUUCCUGAAACAAAACAAGACUAAGUCUCCAUCUCCCAAGUAGUUGGGUUUAGGUCCUUUAUCAAGAAGCAGUCUAAUGAUGCCCAUCAUGGCAUCAUUAGACUCUCAGAUUUGACUUUUCUUUUCUUGUCCAGCACAUUUUGACAUCAAAAGCCGCCGUCCCACUAUAAUUUCAUGCUGAAGGAUUCCACGUCAUCGCGCGUCUCAAGGCGCGUGUCCUGACGCGCCCAAAGCUCCAAAAAUCAAUCGACGAGAGAGAGAUGUUUAUUUGAACGAGAAGAUAUUUGUUAUUUUAAUUAACAUCAUUAAACUCACCCAGUCGGCCAAUAAGGCAGCGCUUUGGGACACUAAAACAAUAUACCAGGUCAGCCCUAAAGCGAAAACAGAGAGGCGCACCUCUUUUUUGCUGUUUUUGAAAAAUAAUCAUCCACUUUACACCACCAGCUAUCAAUGGUCCUUUGACAGACCAAUCAAGACUCACCAAAUGGCAAGAACCAAUCGUUUCCAAAAACAUGACUGGGUUGUCAAAUUCUUCAACAACCACAGACCGCCAUUUCAAGUCGGUUAGCCUUCGACCCGACCCGUUUCACUCUCACCACAAGAUAUAAAAUCAAGUUUAAUUUUCGUUAUUUCUGCUGAAUAAAACAGAAUCCGAGUGACGAAAUCGAGAGAGAGAGAGAGAGAAGCUAAACUCACAUAUGAAGCGUUGAAAAAGCUUGAAUCAUCAUCACUGGUGGAGGAAGAAGAAGAUUCAAGCAUGAACAACACAACCGUUACAGCUUCACCAAAUCCAAACAAAAAGCGUAUAAAAAACGACAGAGGAGGAGCAAAGAAGGAAGAAGAGUGUGACGCGGAGGCGUGGGAUACCCUGAGCAAGAGUUUCAAGCACGUGCAGAGCGUACUGGAUCACAACAGUGACUUGAUUAAACAAGUGAACGCGAAUCACCAGUCGAAGAUUCCAGAUAAUCUCGUUAAAAACGUUUCAUUAAUUCGCGAGAUUAAUGGAAAUAUCACCAAGGUAAUGUCGAUUUACUCCGAUUUAUCAUUCAAAGUCUCCAACAUUGUUGAGGAACGGCGUCGCCUUAAGAAUGGAGGAGAAAGCAAGUUGGAGAGCGCUAGCAACGAGUCUUGAAAUGAAGUCAAAUUAAAUCAAAGGAUCAAUCAGUUAAAGUAAUCUCGAUCAUCUUUGCUUAAUCAAUCAUGCUUAGUCAGUCAAUUAAUAAUGAACUCUUUUGAGGUCUGUCGUGCUUGUCUUGUUUAGUGUCCUGGUGGUUGGUUGUGGUGGAGAUGGAGCUCGAGGUCAGGCGGUGAUAAUGAUGGUUAUGUAUGCUUAUGCGGUGUUUGUUGUUAUGUUUUAUAAGGAUGAUGAUUUCAAGCCUGCGGGACUGUGUUUUACUGCAUUGUAUGCAGACGUAAUAAGGUAUUUAUGUUCUGUUUAUUUUUUUAAUUUUUUUACUUUCUCUUUUGCUAUAUUUGCUUGCAAAACUCUUAACAGAGGCUGACGGAGGGAAAUCGCAAUAAGGUAGGUCUGUGAUUUCGGUACUUUAUUUAUGAUGUGGCAAAGAGAGGGAAAAGGUAAUGAAUUAAUGCGGUAUUUAAUCUGUAGCAACUAAUUUAGUUUCUUUUGUAGGGGGCUACAGGUAGAAGAUGGAUAUAUUGAUUAAUUUAGAUUUCAUGUUUUUUAAUUCUGAAAUAAUAACAUGUCCUGAAUUUUGUAGGGGGUAAAUUUGGCAGUCAUUAUCAGAGGCUAGGUUUAUGCUGGUCACCUUAAUGGAAAAAAUUAUUCAUUGCAAGGCUAAUCAAUCCGCGGUUCCAUGUGUUGUGACUGUAUAUUAUCUGGGUUAGUAGACAGGCAGGGGGGGCCCGAAGACAUCCAAAAUUAGGACAUCAUAGAACUGAGCCAUCAAAUAAUGCUUCACGAGAAGAAUGUGAAAAACAACAAACCCCUUUUUCCAAAACCUUAUUCUUCGAUUUGUGAGACUGACUUGAUCAAUUCUUUCAUCUUAUUUCCUUGGGUGUUAGGUCUUAACAACCGUACUUUCCCUAACAAAUUCUCUGGCCAUAGGAUAGCUCCAUAAAUACUCCAAAGAGCGUCUUUUCCUUUAUCGACCACUAUGAUGAAAUUUUCUGUAGAAUCACUGGGAAUGGGAAGAUGUACCAGUUGUGUUUUCUGUUGUUGAAAUAUACAUGGAUGGAGGAGCAAGAGAGAAGAAAUGUGAACUGUCGACAUAAUACAGGUUAUCAACAACUGGUUCUAAAGGCAGUUAGAGAUGACGUUUUCAAUGUUAAUCGAAGUAUCGAGGGUUGAGGUUAAAGGGUCGUAGUUCUCUAAUAUAUAUAUCAAAAAGGGAGGUUUAAUUGUCAUAUUAUUUGUUCAUCUGAGGUUGUGACGGUGAUGAAGAAAACGGUAUGGUCGUUCUAUACCGAGGUGAUGGUGAUGCAGAACAAACUUUUCCUUUCUAAUUACCUUGAGACAUCUAGAUUUGGGAUGGGUUCUUUCAACUGAUAAAGCUCUAAAGGCAACUACAUCAGAGUUGCAUAUGCUAUUCCCUUCUCUGAUGGGAAUAUUAUUAAGUACGAAUGGGGUGUCUAAACAGGGUGUGAUAAUGACCUCUGUAUUCUCCAGUGAACUCUGCAGCUUAAAUGCCAAGAAUUUUAUAACUCGAGGGACGGAUGCAUUUCCUUGCCCCACCACUUCAUUCUUUUUAUCUGUUUGUGGUUCAAGGUUAAUAGCAGCGACAAGAUAUUCUUUCCUUUAAUUCAGUAGUAAGAUUCGUAGAAUUACUACAACUACUUUCUUCUGACCACUAUUGUUUGUUCUGAAACAACAAAUGAAGAGGACGGGUUGUGAAAAUUGUAGCUUUCUUACAAUUUGCGCGUCCUAGAUGCUCAGUUUGCUCUACCAACACUCUUGUGAUGUACAGCCAUUUGAAGAUAUUCUACUCUUUCUCCAUUCCAAAUAAAGCAGAAUCAAUAUACAUGGGAGCAUAAACAACAUCAACUCAAGGAUCUCAUCUCUUUUUCUUCAACAAAUGGAGCAGCCUUUCACGGUCUGCAUCUUUUGCAUAAGAACUUUCAUGCACAGGGUGCUUGAACCCCCUGAUGAUGUCAAAAAACUUUUCCAGGACUACUCACAGAAUGGCACCAUGUCAAAGGAUGAUCUACUUAAAUUUCUAUCAAAGGUUCAAGGACAAAACAAUGCCAAGGAAGAAGACGCUGAGGCGAUCUUUAAUAGUCUCAAGCAUCUCAACAUCUUCCCAAGAAAGGGUCUUAAUCUAGAAGCCUUCUAUCGAUAUCUUCUUGGCGACCUGAAUACUCCUCUUUCUCCAUGUGUGCACCAGGACAUGACUGCUCCACUAGCUCAUUAUUUCAUGUACACAGGCCACAACUCUUACCUGUCUGGGAAUCAAUUAAGCAGUAAGAGCGGUGUUAGACCUAUCAAAAAAGCUUUGCAAAAUGGUGUAAGAGUAAUUGAAUUAGAUCUAUGGCCAGCCAGGAACAACGAUGUGGUGGUUCGCCAUGGAGGGACCCUGACAACAUCAGUGAAACUCCUCAGAUGUUUGCGUGCAAUUAAGGAAUUUGCCUUUCAGGUAUCCGAAUAUCCUGUUGUGAUAACGUUUGAAGACCACCUGACUGCCAAUCUUCAAGAUAAGGUUGCUAAGAUGGUCACUAAAACAUUCGGAGACAUGCUGUACCGUCCCGAGACAGAUGAAUUAGAGAAAUUAUCACCAGAGUCAUUGAAGAAGAAGAUUUUGAUUUCAACUAAACCGCCAAGAGAGUAUCUUGAAACUCAAGACAGCAACACUCCGCACGAGUCAAAAAAAUCAUCAGAGGAACAAGGGGGUGAUGAGAAGUUGCAUUCUUCAAGAAUUAACCUUUUUAGUUGCUCAUCCAUGUGUUUCGCUAAGCAGGAUCAGAUUGAUGAGGGAGAACAGCUUCAAGGAGAAGAUGAGGAGAUGACAAUACCUAAAUACAGGGAUUUAAUUGCCAUUCCUUCAGGGAAGCCAGAAGGUGGAUUAGAAGAAUGGCUCAGAAUAGAUGAGAAAGAAGUAAAACGUCUGAGCUUGAGUGAGCAAGAACUUGAAAAGGCUACAAGAACAUAUGGAAAAGACAUUGUCAGUUUCACCAAGAACAAUUUGUUGCGGGUAUACCCCAAAGGUACACGCUUGGAUUCAUCUAAUUACGAUCCUUUCGUCGGAUGGAAACAUGGAGCUCAAAUGGUUGCAUUUAAUAUGCAGGGCUAUGGGAACCACCUUCGGAUUAUGCAAGGAAUGUUUAGAGCCAAUGGUGGCUGUGGUUAUGUGAAAAAACCUGAUUUUUUAUUGAGGGAAAAUGAUGAUUUUGAUCCUAGUGUGCCCUCAACAGUUUAUAAAAUAUUGAAGGUGAAAAUCUACUCUGGGGAAGGGUGGCAUUUGGAUUUUCGCCACACACAUUUUGAUCAAUAUUCUCCACCUGACUUCUUGGUAAAAGUUGGAAUUGUUGGGGUCCAUGCUAGUGAAACCAGUAGAACACAGGUAGUUAAAAACAGCUGGCUACCGGAAUGGAACGAGGAAUUUAAGUUCGAAGUGCCUGCUCCUGAAUUGUCAGUGCUUAGGAUCGAAGUCAAUGACGAUGAUAAAUAUGGAAGUCAUGACUUCGCUGGCCAAACAUAUUUGCCUAUAUCAGAGUUGAGAACUGGUAUUCGAGCAGUUCCGUUGCAUGAUCGUACAGGAGUGAGAUACAAGAGUGCAAGGCUUCUUAUGAGAUUUGACCUAAAAGACGCCCGAGAAUGUUCCGAGUGACAAAAAUCACGAGAUUGAUCGUCUCCAUCAGCGGAUUGAACCAGGGAGUCUAUUUAGAGGAACUAGUGUCUGUAUAUAUACAUAAUCAGGAUCCAAUUUAUUAUUUUUCAUAUUUUAAAUAUUAUUGGCUCGUGUUGAUCUGCUUUUUACGUAUUUUUAGAGUGUUAAGGGUCAAAAUAAAACACCAAUAAGAUAUCUAUAGGUAAUUACUGGUGAUUUAAGAAACUUAUUUAAGAUUUUCAACGGACCUUGUUUUACAGGGCUGGGAGCUGUUUUAAGCCAUGGCAUUUGUCAGUAAGGCAUUAAUUGUGAAGCGUAUGGGAUUAUCGAUUCAUGAGAAGGAAUUCAUGGCUAUUUCGAUGGUUGUUGAAAGGUGGAGAUAUUAUUUGGAACAUGAUCAAUUCCUCAUCAAGACUGAUAGUGAAAGUCUGAAAUAUCUCCUGAAGCAGAAGAUACACGCUCCAUUGCAGAGGAAAGAGGUAACUAAGUUGGUGGGUGCUGCUGCACAUGACUCUUACACAGCUUGGUUAUCCAUUAGUGAAACUCUCCUAAGAUUCUCUGUCAACUCCUCUGCGCACCUGCUUUCACCAUGACUGCAGAAUUCUCUUCCGGUGUCUGGAAUGCCAUGUCGCUAGUCAAUUCAUGCAUUUUCACAGCACUACCGCCAUAGAUUCUUUCCAAUAUGCAUACAUUUUCAAGUCUAUUAAAACAACGUGAGCCCCACGAAGUAUAAACAUGUAACAAGGAACUAGAUAUUAUCAUUAAUGCAUAAAGUAUAUAGUUAAGUGUAAUUGUUUU